CAGCAAUUCUACAAAAAAACAAAAGUCGACAGCCGACAGCCCGACAGAUUAUUGACCUCGCUCGAUAUUUAUACGAGAAGAAAUAUCUGAAAAUAAGAAUGUUCUCCAGAAUACUAUUUUACCUUUGCGUCACCGGUUUGGCAGCCCACGGUAGCAAGGUUCCACUAGUAGAUCAGCACGGUGAUCGAACUGCAACGCCAAUUGUGGGCGAGCCAAAUAUUAACGAGGCAGACAUCACUAAAGACACGGAAACGCCACCGAAUGUUACUGUUACUACUGGCGAAUUCGGCGUCAUCCAGGGACGGUACGCAAAACACACUCUCACCACGUGGGAGGUCAAUCACUUGAAACGAACGACAAAGCAUUAUAACGACGUAAAAGCAUCCAGCUGGCCAUUCAACACUGGUCCAUCGAUUGACGAGUAUGACGUCUCUAUAGGGGACGAAGACGAAUGUGUCGUAAGCAUUGGUGGUACGGAAGGCAAGUCGGAAUGGGCAGGCAACUUAGGAGGCGCCUUUGAAUUCCACACGAUAGAGUCCGUGAUCACAGGCCACUCCAAUUUUGUUGAUUCGGCGGCAUCGUUGCAUAACGAUGGCUUACAGGACAAAAUAAAAAAUAUCUGUGGGAAUCGAUUGGUCCUGACGUUCACAGGCCACUCCCGUGGCGGCGCUAUCGCGUCCGUGCUUGCGGCCCUCUAUUACGAAAGGGAUUACGCUGAGUACAUCCGAUUGGUGACCUGGGGAUCCCCGCGCGUUCUGAGCGAGAAAACUGCUAACCGGUACCACUUGGAGUCGCCAGAGUUUUAUCAGAUUCGAGUCGUGAAUGGCGGUGAUCCAGUACCGGCAGCGCCUGGAAUGUCGAUGGGCUUUAGACACUUCGGUACAGCUGUGUGUUUGGAUUGUGAUGAUACUAGUCAGGACGGUGGUGGCUGGGCAAAUUUGAUAUUAUAUCAGCGUCACGGAUUCGCAGAGUAUAACACGAAGAUUUCUAAAAUGUAAACAAUCGUCGACGUUUUUGUGAUACCCUUAAUUGUGCUGCUUGGCCACGAUGGGACUAGUCAAAUCGGCUGGGCUUCAGCUGUUUCGAUGUUGUCGAAUCAAAUCAUUAUUAUCGUGGGAUCGGCCAGGCCAUCUCUAACAAAAUUCCGCCUACUACUGUUGAUGCCAACGUCCUGAACCUAGCUUUAUUCAAUCCACUGGACUUCCGAGAUGAAAUUAAAUUCGAUCUUUCAAGACACAA